AAUUACAAGCAAAAGAAAUUGUCGGUUACGGUUAAUUAAUUAUAUAAAUAUAUAUUUAUUUAGACAGCCCAUGUUCAUAAUUUCUUUAAUAAUAAAAGACUGUUGGCAUGUCACACAUUGUUGUGUAUUAUUAAGCAAAUAACCAGUGACAUAAUUUUCAUGAUUAUUAGAUAAUAAUACUUACUAAUUAGUUACUAUUAUAUCUAAGGAUGCCAUGUUUAACACAUCUUUUGUCAACUCUCUAUAUAUUUUAAUUUUUUUGGUAAAAUCAACUCUAUAUUUAUUUAUAAGAUAGUCUCCUCUCCUCGCAUCACACACAUGCAAAAGAGAAAGAAAAAGAGUGUAGAGAUCUAGAGAGAGAUGACUAUGACUCUUCCCUUGAAUUCGACGAAGACGACGCCAAUGAAGCAGAAUCCGGUGGUGGCGGUAUCUUCUUCGCCGUCUCUUUCCUUGGGUCCGAGUUUUCCUCGCCGUCUUCGAGUUUCAUGCGUUGCCACAAGCCCUAGAAAAACAAGUGAACAAACACACAAGAAGACGUUUCGACCCAUCAAAGAGGUACCAAACCAAAUAACCCACACAAUAACACAAGAGAAGCUUGAGAUCUUCAAAUCAAUGGAGAAUUGGGCACAAGAAAACUUACUGUCUUACCUCAAACCCGUCGAAACUUCAUGGCAACCACAAGACCUUUUGCCUCAGACCAAUGACGAAGACCAAUUCUACGAGCAAGUGAAAGAGCUAAGAGAUCGAACAAGAGAGAUUCCCGACGAUUACUUUGUAGUUCUUGUCGGAGAUAUGAUCACCGAAGAAGCAUUGCCAACUUAUCAAACGACUUUGAAUACACUCGACGGUGUCAAGGAUGAGACCGGCGGGAGUUUGACGCCGUGGGCGGUUUGGGUUAGAGCGUGGACGGCAGAGGAAAACCGACACGGUGAUUUGUUGAAUAAGUAUCUCUAUCUAUCUGGUCGUGUUGAUAUGCAACAUGUUGAAAGAACUAUUCAAUAUCUGAUCGGAUCUGGCAUGGACUCAAAAUUUGAAAACAACCCUUACAAUGGCUUCAUUUACACGUCUUUCCAAGAGAGAGCGACUUUCAUCUCCCACGCCAACACGGCGAAGCUAGCCACUACCUACGGCGACACCACUCUCGCCAAGAUCUGCGGCACAAUCGCAGCUGACGAGAAGCGGCACGAGACAGCUUACACACGGAUCGUCGAGAAGCUCUUCGAGAUCGAUCCUGAUGGGACCGUACAGGCUCUAGCGAGCAUGAUGAGGAAGCGAAUCACGAUGCCGGCUCAUCUGAUGCACGAUGGUCGCGACGACAAUCUGUUCGACCAUUACGGUGCGGUGGCGCAACGAAUAGGAGUUUAUACGGCGAUGGAUUACGCCGGGAUAUUGGAGUUUUUGCUGCGGCGGUGGAAGGUGGAGAGCUUAGGAGUGGGUUUGACCGGCGAAGGAAGGAGAGCACAGGAGUAUCUGUGUAGCUUGCCGCAGAGGAUCACGAGGUUAGAGGAAAGGGCUAACGAUAGAGUGAAACUUGGGUCGAGGCCUUCUGUUGCCUUCAGCUGGAUCUACGGGAGAGAAGUCGGAUUAUAAGAGACAGUUAGCUAGAGAGUGUUGUGUUAGUGAAGUUAUGUUAAGAGUGGCAUGUUUGUAAUAAAAUGUAACCAUAAUAAACGAACUUAAUGAAGAAAAAUGUUGAUAUUGACUGUUAA